AUAGGUCACAAUAGUUGUAACCGGAAGUUACAAAGCAUAGUGGGUAGCGCGGGUCUUGCAUGUGCAGUGUUGCAAUCUUUGUCGUCUGAAAUCUGCAAUAUUUUCGGAAUUUUGCUUCCCAAUUUGACGAACCUUUUUGACAACAACUGCUUGAAGAUGCCCAGGGGAGGUAGAGGUGGCGGAGGAGGCUUCAAGAAGUCCCAUAAGGGGAGACAUAGACAGUUUACUAAUGAAGAGGAACUACGACAGCAGGCGUUAGCCUCAGAAAAGGACCGACAAUGGCGGGAAAAGAAAGGGCUAAUAGAUAGUGAUGAAGAGCAGGAGGAGGAGGAAGAAAAAGGAGCCAAGAGUCUGGCCAGGGGGAAUCCGGGAGACCUGCCUCCCAGUUCAUCUGAAGAGGAAGAAAGCUCUGAAGACGAAGAUGAUGGGAAACCCAAAGGAGUAGAGCAUCUAAUAGAGGUUGAAAAUCCCAACCGAGCCAAGAAUAAGUUGAAGAAAGUAACAGACAUGGACAUGCAGGCGGCAGAAGGGGAGCCAAGGCUUUCUAGGAAAGAAAGGGAAGAGAUAGAAAAGCAGAAAGCCAGAGCCAACUAUCUAAAAUUGCAUGCCGAGGGUAAAACAGACGAGGCGCGUGCAGAUCUCGCCAGACUGGCUCUCAUUAGGAAGCAGAGAGAGGAGGCAGCCAAAAAGAAGGAGGCAGAAAAACAAGAAAGGGAAGCAAAGGCAGCCGCAGCAGCCAAAGACAAGAGAGCAGGAAAGAAAUAACCUUAGCUGGAGCCGUCUGUACAUACUUGGAACUCUAUGUAUGUCCUAAAACUCGUGCAUGGCUGUACAGAAGAAAAAUAUUCAAGAAAAAAAAAUAGACAAAAAAAUGACAAAAUUUAA